UGACUUCCCAUCCAUAACCCUAAACCAACCGCACUUUCUUAUUCUCUUUCGUUUUCCUUUCUUCCUCCUAUUUCUUCUUGGACACUUCCCUUUGGCGGUGCUUGAUGACAGACUUAUUCCAUCACUUAUCCAUGGAGAAUUCCGGUGCAGCUUCCAGUGAUGAUGCAAGGACUACUUGCCCUAGAGGUCAUUGGAGGCCUGCUGAGGAUGAAAAACUCAGGCAACUUGUUGAACAGGAUGGUGCACAAAACUGGAACUCUAUUGCAGAAAAGCUCCGAGGAAGAUCAGGGAAGAGCUGCAGAUUGAGGUGGUUUAAUCAACUUGACCCUAGAAUCAACAGGAGACCGUUUUCUGAAGAAGAAGAAGAAAGGCUCCUUGCAGCACACCGUAUUCAUGGGAACAAAUGGGCACUGAUAGCUGGACUGUUUCCUGGUAGAACUGAUAAUGCAGUGAAGAACCACUGGCAUGUUAUAAUGGCCAGAAAACAAAGGGAACAAUCCAAACUUAGCGGGAAGAGAAGCUUUCAAGAUGGUCUUAAUGAUUCCAAUCUAAUUUCAACUGGUUUUGCCUCAAGGAAAUCAAGAUUUCAAGAUAGUUUUAGCUCGAGAAUUGGGUUUAGAGUUGGUAGUUAUUUUGAAUCCCAAAACCCCAAAAAAGAUAAGUUUUUCUCAAUCACACCCUCAUCUUCAACUUCUUCACCAUCUUGGGCAUUUUCUUCGUCAACAUUGAUGGCUUCGAACAAUACAUCUUUAGCUGAAUUAUCAAGAAGAGAUCAUGGUAAAGCUCAUUUAAUGGCCAUGGAGGGCUCAAAUACAUUAGAUCACUCUUUAUAUAAGCAUCAUUCAAAUGCUUCAGCAUACAGCUUCAGGAAUUUCAGUGCAUUUGGUCUCCCAAACUACAGGAGGGUUGUUCCAAGUUCUUUUUGGUACCAUAAACUUGAAAAUAACAAAGAAAUUAGAGUACCGAGCAAUUCCCAGCAGGAGCAAGAAGAUGAUCCCAUCAAAACAAAGGAGGAUGUUCCUUUCAUAGAUUUUCUUGGUGUUGGUAUUUCUUCUUGAUCAUAAAAAGGAAAAUCUUUAUUAACAUAUUUGCCUAGUAUAUAUAACAGUUUUAGCUUUGCUUUUUCCA